AUGGGCGAUCUAAUGGUCAGUAAAUUGUAAUUUUUUUGUCGUAGAUUCCCUGGGAAUAAGGGCGUAAAAUUUAUCGAGGAAUUUAGUAAGGGGAUGAUUUUGAAAUUGCGGUCUGUUUACUGCGGGUUUUCUGAUUUAUGGGAUCUGAUGAAAGUUGAAGGUGGAACUUUUUCUGAAGGUGAAACUUGACGCAUUCCUCUCCCAAAUAAAAUCUUUUUUAUGUCAAGAAGUAUUUUGGCUUCCCUCAAAAUCCUGCAGUACUAUUCUGGUAUGACUCCCCUCCUCUCCCUCCACUUUUACAAUGGGGUGAUGAAGAAUGUGUUUUUGGCGCCCUCCUUAUCACACUCCACACUUGUUUUUAUUUUUUUUUUAUCUCUACUCUUACACUUUGAAUGUAAUAAGGUUAUCAAUUUUUCAGAAAAUGGCGGGUAUCUCACAAACGGCCUUAGUCUACAGCGGCAUGGUCGGGAUGGUGUACUUGGGGACGGAUGGCUUCCAGAAAAAUGCCCCGUUCGUGUUUACACUACCAGUUGUGGUGCUGGGAUUCAUCACACUCUCAACUCGAAUGCCGAUUAUGCGAAAGAUCUGCACGUCUGCUUCGUUUUUCUUGUUGGGUGAGUCGGGAGAAAACAAUGAGAAAUAGUGGACUUUAGAUCGGAGAAAAAAACGUUCAUGGCUGAACUAAAAGUAGAAUGAAAAACGGCAGUUGCCUGGGACGUUUUAUUCUUUGAUCGGAGAUUUAGAUGAGCUAAAGAUCAGUUUUGUUGAUGGCAUUCUGUAGAUUGUCGCUAAACGAAAGAUAGUGAAGAAAGAAAGAGUUGACUCGGGUGGGUCAAGUGUCUUCUUCACUAACCCUUUAUGAGACAGACUACUGUAAAAUACCAAAUACACGGUCUAUUGCGUUCAAAACUGUUUUUUAAUAGGAAGGACACACUUGACACAUUGAGUCAAGUCUUCCCCUCAAAGCCAAAACUUCUCAAAAUUUGAGCUCAUUUACGAUUUAUGACAAAAUCGGUCAAAAUUAUCUUCUAUUUUUUCAGCUUCUGCUCUCUACGAAUGGUCGAUGAGUCCCCGUCGCCUAGAAAUUAAUGCCUCCAUCAUCACAGCGUCUCAUAUUUUCUAUCUUCUCUCUUUUAUCGGAUGCGUAAAGCAAUGGUGGAAGUCCCUGGCCGUCCUCACAACUCUAUUUUCCAUUUGUUUUGCGUACAUUGUCUUCGCCGACCUUUUCCGAUCACUGCCCUGGGUUGUGUUGGCGUGCACAAUGUCCCAUUCAACCAUUGGUUUGAAUUUUGUGGCGGCCGGGUCCGUCUGGAAAAAGGGCAGCAAGGUGCCGUUCGCUGAGACGGUAAGGAGGGGUUUUGAGGGAUUGAGAGUCAAACUUAAGUUUAUUUUUGAGUCAAGUUCAAGCUUUAUUGAUUCACAAGGGAAGUUUUGAAAGUACUGGGAUUUUCGCUUUUUUCGCUUAUGCUAUUAAAGGGCAGCCUAGCUAUUGAUGACAAGAGAGUGGAUAAAAUGCGGAGGGUGGCCGGAGAGAAAAAGCUUAGUUCGCAUGUCCGCCAAUGCCCCGAGGAAAAAAGUAAUUUUUCGCAGAAAAGUUUUCCUUGGGUAAAAUCAAGGAAACCCUUAUUCGACAUUAGCUUUUAUUGACUCUCCAGAUUAGUUUCAAAGUAAAAAUUGAUGUCAACCCGUCCAACACAAUUAUUUCUUUUACAUUUUCAGGCAGCCUUCACUCGUUUCAUCGGCAUUUUCUUUGCCUACAUUUGCGACGUCGCUCUACUAUCCAACCAAUUUGCCCGCCACACUCCACAACUGGUGUUCUACCUGAACACAACCUACUAUUUGUCGCAGUAUAUGCUAUACUUUGCGAAUGAGCGAGCCUUCUAA